CUGCGUCAGUCGGUCGUUUCCUCAGGUAGGAGUGGAUAACCUUGACAAAUCCGCGCACGGUUGUAGCCCCCUUCAUUCACUCGGCGUUCUUCUUCCGGCGCAGAGAUGCCGUGAUGGAUCUCAAACAAGUGAAAGAGUGGGGCGUGUUAAUUUGCCACUGUUGAUAAUAAGAGCCACUUCGUGCGUCACGGUGCGCUCUCCACCCUGCACGUCAAUUGUUGGCAGUGCAGCAUGUGAUGCUCCGUCCUGCACUGUCCUGUGAGCGCUCAGUCAGUACCACAGCCGCACACACACAUACACAUGCUCGUGGUGGAUGUAUUCAUGCCUCUCUCCAGAUAUUCUCUGACAACUGCGAUCGCUUAAACCCGGAUUAUACUGCUGUACAAGACUCACGGACUGAAGCCAAGAACUGAAAUCCAGCAAUCGCUCUUCAGCAUCGCUCUUCCUUUCAUCCCCACCUGACGUUUGGCCUCCGUCACUUCUUCCCGUCUCUCGCUCUCUGUUUCUCUCUCCACUCGCCCCCACCCCCACCCCCCCUCCUGACCCUCAGCCUCCCUGAUGCCUAAGAACAGCAAGGUGACACAGCGCGAGCAGAGCCAUGAGCACGUCACAGAGUCGGUGGCUGACCUGCUCGCACACGAGGAGCCGCUCGACUACAAGAGCAGCUCCCUGAAUGUCGGAGGGGCGGCGGGGAAGAAAGUCCCUCAGAUAGAGGUCCCUGAAAACGAUGGGCGACCCGCCUGGAACAGCAAACUGCAGUACAUCCUGGCCCAGGUGGGCUUCUCUGUGGGCCUGGGGAACGUGUGGCGCUUCCCUUACUUGUGCCAAAAGAAUGGAGGAGGCGCCUAUCUGGUUCCUUACUUCAUCCUCCUCCUCAUUAUUGGCAUCCCUCUCUUCUUCUUGGAGCUGGCAGUGGGUCAGAAGAUCAGGCGUGGAAGUAUCGGGGUGUGGAACUACGUCUGUCCCCGCCUGGGUGGAAUAGGAAUGUCAAGUCUGAUGGUGUGCGGCUUUGUGGGUCUCUACUAUAAUGUGAUCAUCGGUUGGAGCAUUUUCUACUUCUUCCAGUCCUUCCAGUAUCCUCUCCCAUGGAGUGACUGCCCAAUCAGAAAGAAUGGGACACUUGCCAUUGUGGAGCCAGAAUGUGACAAAAGCUCGGCUACGACCUAUUUCUGGUACCGGCAGACUCUGAACACGACCAGCACCAUCGCAGAGAGCGGCGGCCUCAACAUCAAAAUGACCCUGUCUCUGCUGGUAGCCUGGAUCAUUGUCUGCCUCGCCGUCAUUAAAGGAAUCGCUUCCUCUGGGAAGGUGAUGUACUUCAGUUCUCUUUUCCCCUACGUGGUGCUGUUCUGUUUCCUGGUCAGGGGUUUAAUGCUGAAGGGCUCCGUAGAUGGUAUCGCUCACAUGUUCACUCCCAAGUUGGAGAAGAUGCUGGAGCCGCAGGUGUGGAGGGAGGCCGCCACCCAGGUCUUCUUUGCCCUCGGUCUGGGUUUUGGAGGAGUCAUUGCCUUCUCCAGUUACAAUAAGAUUGACAACAACUGCCACUUUGAUGCCGUGCUCGUCUCUGUCAUCAACUUUUUGACCUCCAUUUUGGCCACACUGGUUGUGUUUGCUGUGUUGGGCUUCAAGGCAAACAUCAUGAAUGAAAAGUGUGUUGUGGAGAAUGCAGAAAAGAUCCUGGGAUACCUCAACUCCAACGUCCUGAGUCAUGAUCUUAUUCCUCCACAUGUGAACUUUUCCCAUCUCACCACGUCGGACUACGCUGAGAUGUACGGGGUCAUUAAAACGGUCAAAGAGGACAGCUUUCCCCAGCUGGGUCUGGAGCCGUGUGUUCUGGAGGAUGAGCUGAACAAAGCUGUCCAGGGCACCGGCCUGGCCUUCAUCGCCUUCACAGAAGCCAUGACGCAUUUCCCAGCAUCUCCCUUCUGGUCAGUCAUGUUCUUCUUCAUGCUCAUCAACCUCGGUCUGGGCAGCAUGAUCGGCACCAUGACUGGCAUCACCACACCUGUCCUUGACGCCUACAAAGUCCAGAAGGAGCUUUUUACAGUGUGUUGCUGCAUCAUCGCUUUCUUAUGCGGCUUGUUGUUUGUUCAGCGGUCGGGAAAUUACUUUGUCACCAUGUUCGAUGAUUACUCGGCUGGUCUGCCUCUCACUGUAGUGGUCAUCCUGGAAAAUCUGUCUGUUGCUUGGAUAUAUGGCACCAAAAGGUUCAUGCAGGACCUGGAGGACAUGUUAGGUUUCCGACCUUAUAUCAUCUAUUUCUACCUUUGGAAGUACGUCUCCCCUUUCUGUCUUAUCGUUCUCAUCUCGGCCACUGUCAUCGAGAUGGCCAUCAGCCCACCAGGAUACAACGCCUGGGUUCAAGAGCUGGCUCAGGAACGCUUCCAGAGCUAUCCUCCCUGGGCUCUGGCCAUGUGCUUCGCUCUUAUCGUUGUGGCCAUGCUUCCGCUCCCUGUUGUCUUCAUCGCCCGACACUUCAACUUGAUGUCAGACGGCUCUAACAAGCUGUCUGUCUCUUACCAUAAAUCUAUGAUGAAGGACAUAUCCAACCUUGAGGAGCAGGAUGAGGCUAGAUUCAUCCUUGGAGGCAAACCAGGCGAGGCCCCAUCAUCAGGGCCAGCACGUAAACCCUUCCUGACACCUGGAGGAAACAAAGCCAUGGACUCCCUGUCUCCAAACAUCUGCUAUGGUACUAGCUACCAAAAUGCUGCCAUAAGCCCCACCACACCAACUACACCAAGCACACCUCUCACACCAGAGUCUGACUCUUGACUGUUGCCCAGCCUUGACAGACUCCCCUCUGACCACCCCUGUAGCACAACUUUACCCAUGAGGUCUCCACUGGAGCUCAGCACAGCUCCAGGAAUCCUCACCACUGCCCUGCUAAUGCCACAAAACUGUACGUAGCCAUCCAGUUUAUGAGCGCUUCCAAAAUAACACGAAGGAACUUCAUGAGAAGAUUUCCAGAAUGUUUCCGAGCAUCUGGAAGUUAGAAAACAGGAAAUAAGGGAUGCAUUUCACUCUUUUACAAUAAACGAAACUCUGGAAACAGGUUGAGAUUAACAGUGACACACUACAUCUGUAUAUAUUUAAAAACAUCAGGUUAAUGUGUUCAGAAUGAAGUUCUGUGAUCUGAUUUUCUUUGCCUUAGUUUAAGGAUCCCCUAGCAGACACCGACCCCAUAGUAUAAGGAAAAUGUCUGCACAGUGCAGGUAGUGUGAAAGAGUGAAUGUAGUAGAGUUUGUGAGGUUCUGCUGGUUUCCUAUGUAGCAAUAAUGGGUGUCAAAGCCAUGUACCACUUAAUACGCAGCAGGUUUUCUUUAUAUUAGAUGUUAUGCAGUCGACAAGGUGCAGCUGAAAAGUUCCAAAACCAUACCUGAUUCAGAUUUGGACAAAUUGUUCUUCAAGGUCAUGCUCAGCACAGCUGUGGGAAGUCCCAUUUUCACUCCACAGUGUGCUCUGUGAAUUCAAGUCACAACUAAACUCUACUGUAACGUCCUGAGGUGUCUGAGGAAGACAUUCACAGCAAACCACCUGACCUGUGGUGUUUGCCACUGUGUGUUGGCACACAAGGAAUC